AUGCUUCGUUUACUUCCAACUCUGCUCUUCCUGCGAGAGGCAUUCGCAUCGUCCUGCGAUGCAGAGCCUCUAGUUCUACCGAUUCGGAGUGUUCAAGUAUAUCCAGAUAUCAAGGACUCUUACAUGAUAGGCAUUCCAGCGGAAGUUGGCACACCGCCGCAGAAUCUUGUGCUUUUGCCAUGGGCCGACCUUAAUAACACCUGGAUAUACAAUACGGAACCACACUGCGGCACUGAAACCAUCAUCAACGACCGAGUCUGCAAAGUCCGAAGAGGAGGAUUGUUCAGCGAACAAGAUUCCAAAACCUUUACCACUUUCAGCAAUAUUGUCGAUGCCGGUGGUGCGCAGGAUGGAACCAUCGUAAAAGGCGGAACCUAUGGUAUUGGGAAGCUCGCCGAAGACGGCCGAGGGGCAAAAGACAAGGUCAAGCUAGAAGGCUCAGUUGCGCUUCAAGAUUUUCCCUUUGGUAUACCGACUUCUGAAUGGGACGACGAACCAAGUGCACAAAGUCCCCUCGGCCUAGGACGAAACUCAACAUAUCUCAAUGCUUUACGCAAGGCUGAAAAGAUCACUUCGCGAGUAUGGUCGAUAUUCUGGGGUCGUAUGUGGACCAGCAAUGAUCUUGAAGGAUCGGUGGUGCUGGGCGGUUACGACGAGAAGAAAGUAACUGGUGAUAAUUACACAGCGCCUUUGGUGUUUGGUAAUUUUGAUGCGAAGGACGGUUGCUGGACGGGCAUGAGAGUUACCGUGACGGACAUCAAGAUCAACUUCGUUGGCGGAACAAACGCAAGCAUAGUUCCCACAGGGACGACGUUGCAAUGUUGUAUCGAUCCAACGCACAACCUCCUUCUCGACGCACCGAAUGAGUAUAUCGAGAAUUUCGAGCAUACAAGUGGUCUCGAAACCAACUCUUCGUCGAGCGGACUUCACUGGGGAGCUUCCCAAACAGAUUUGAAGACGCCAUUCCUGGCUGAUCUGACUUUCUACCUUGAGUCCGGUCUUGAAAUCCGCGUUCCUAAUGAUCAAUACAUGGUCCCAUUUGUCGACAUUGAUACAGACGGGUCGCGAGUGAUCGAUACCUCGAAGAGAGAUAUUCUCAUGAAAGGUAUCGAGGAUGAGGCUCCGACAUUAGGAAGGUACUUUCUCACGGCGGCGUAUCUCAUGGUCAAUCAUGGCGCAGGCACGUUUACGCUCUGGAAGGCGAAUGCUACCGAGGAGAGUAACCCUGUGAGAGUGUUUGAUGAAGAGGCAGGUAAGCAGUGCGGCGACAAGGCCACCGGUGUUAUACAACCGUCCGCAUAUAGAACAGCUUCUGCUUCAGGGACUUCAGCUGCAGAGGGCGAUACCGAUGAUUCCAAGUCAAAGUCUUCUCCUUCUGGUGCAGUCAUUGGUGGUGCUGUCGCGGGUGCAAUUCUUGGAGCAGCGCUUAUCGGAUCGGGAGUUGUUUACAUGCUGUACCAGAAACGAACAAGAGCCAAGGAUACAUAUUAUUAUUAUCCUGCUCAGGAGGAUAUGCAAAGGACUGAAGUACAUGAGAUGGAUAGUACUCCGCGGGAUAUUACUGAGUAUCCUUCCAAGUUUGGAUCAUGA